CGAAUGUUCGGUACUUCUUGGCGACUGUCCUGACUGACGCGACACUCGGUUCACAUCUAAUUCAUUAUCAAGCACAUCGUCCACCGGGAAAUUCCCAAAAGAAACAAGGUCUUGACUGCAAAUGACAACAAGCCAAACGUCACGACAACCUCACCUAUAGAAAACAUUUCCAAUUCCCUCCCAAUAGGGGAAAACAGAAACGAUGUCUACCACCACCACCCAAAUCCAACCCAAACCCAUCCCCGCCCUCUACACAGUCUACAUCCUCCGCUCCCAGCCCCGACACGCUUCCCUCUACAUCGGCUCCACGCCUCACCCACCCCGGCGCCUCUCACAACACAACGGGCUCGCCAAGGGUGGCGCCUAUCGCACUUCGAAAAUAUCUCUUCGGCCAUGGAACAUGGUCUGUCUGGUCUCCGGUUUUCCGAGCAUGAUUGCCGCGCUGAAAUUUGAAUGGGCGCUGAAUAACCCACACAAGUCGCUGCAUAUCCCUGCCGAAAAAAGGGCCGAGGCAGUGAAGGGACUGGGGAGGAGGAAGACGGGACACCUGAAAAGGCCGAGGAAGAGUUUGGUGGGGGUGAUGGAGGCUUUGAGGAUGUUGGUGGGGGUGAGAAGCUUUGGGAGGUGGCCUUUGAGGGUGCAUUUCUUUGAGGAGGAUGUUUGGAGGGUCUGGGAGAGAGGUGGUUGGAAGGCUAAGAGUGGCGGUGGAGGGGUGGGAGAGCUGGGAGACUUGAAGGUAGAGGUGGUUACGGACUUUGGCAGUCCGACGGCGCCACAAGGGGCGGGCGUGAUUGGGAUGGGGGAAGAAGCUGAGAAUGACCCGCACGAUGACGACGACGGCGACGACGCGCAAGAUGAGAACAAACAUGGGAUCUAUGCUUUACCGCUCGAUUACGCGCCGAUAAAAGACUAUGUGGCCAAGAGUCAGGAGAUUUGGGAGUUUGAGAGGCAGGGGAGCUGUGUGGUGUGUAAGGAAGCUAUGGUGGCGGGAAGGGGGUUAUAUGCGAUCUGCCCGAAUACAAGCUGUGAGGCUGUAGGACACCUUGACUGUUGGAGCCGGUGUCUCCUGAAGCAAGAAACAAGGAGGAUGAAGAUCGAUGAAGGGGAUGAGAUACUUCCAGUGAAGGGAGAGUGUCCAAAGUGUCACGGCGAGGUUCUUUGGGGAGAUAUGAUGAAGGAGUUGACAUUGAGGAUCAGGGGGCAGGCAGAGGUGGAGAAGCUGCUGAAGAAGAAGAAGAGGCGAAGGGCAGCGAAGGGCAAAGAGAAGGGCAAAGGGAAGGUCGCUGAUGAGAAAGGGAACAAUGCUGAGGGGAGAAAUACAAAAGGGAAUCGAGAGGUGAAGACGACGCCUCAGAGGGUCGUGGAGGAUAGCGAAGACAGCGAGUUUCUCGAUAUCGCGUGCCUUCAGUAGGCGAAAGAAUUCCACUCUUCAGAGAGCUGA